AUGGAGGAAACUGGGGGCUGCCUUUAUUCAGGUUUGCGGAAAGCAGAUUCGCACCAAAGGUGGAUUAUCAGCUGGGGUGGACUGUCCAAACGAAUGUUGAGUGCUUCGAAUAUUUUCUUGGCUGCUACUAAGAGAUUCGAGAGUGUGACGAAUGCUGCUUCUGCGGAGAUGUUGGUUAUUCGUUGGUCACUACAGGUUGCGAAAGAUAUAGGCCUAGAGAGUUUUGUUGUGCAAUUGGAUGCGCUUGUGGUGGUGGAUAAUAUCAACAGAAUUGUGUUCAAUGUUGAUUUGAAACCAUUAGCCAGUGAUUGUAGAUCUCUUAUUUCUGAUUUUUGUAAUGUUUCUGUCAUGUUUAUUAGUAGGAAUCUGAAUAAUAAUAUUCACAAUUUAAUUGGUAUUAGUAAGUCCUUAAGCUCUAGAACCUCGACGGGCCAUAUUUUAAACUCUGACAUUACUAGUUGUAAUCCAGCUGUUUUUUUUCUUAAUGAAACAAAUUUGCCAUAA